AUGAUCAGUCCAGAGAAUUGUCGACAUGCUAAGUUACGUUUUGCCACGAUCAAUUCAGUGCUCUCUAAACACUUUCGCGAGCCCAGUGAUGAGAUCCUACUGUCCGACACCCUCGAUGGCCUCGCAAACACAGCUCUUUGUAAUAAGCAUGUGGAGUCCACCGAUGAAGCCCGCGAUCAGUGGUACAUGGAGUUGAAUGACGGCAAAAUUCUAUCCAAAAUGGAGGCAACCUAUGGAAACUUUUCUGAUGGGAAUCUUUCUGAUAAGGAAGAGAGGUCCGGUGAAGUGAAUGUUAGCGAGAGGAUUCCCGUUCCCGAUAUUCAGUCAUCAUCAUAUAAGUGGGUGCUCUGUACGCCGGACAUACACGAUUCGAAGGUCGCCGAGAACAUCACCCGGCUAUUGGAGAGCAAACUCGAAGGCUUGAAUUCACAGUGUGGGUGGAUCUAUAUUUUCUCUACCGACGCCGAUGGAAUGUUCAAGAUUGGCUUCUCCUCGCGUCCUCCCAGUCUGCAUCGUUUUGCAGCUCAUAUGACCUGCUAUAAGCAAUUCAUCGAGGUCAUGACUGUAUUGAUACCCUAUGCUCGUCUGUUGGAACAGUUAGUCCUGACUGAGCUUGCAGGUCGGCAUUGCAGGCUAGCAGAGAAAUGUGUAUGCGGGAAACUUCACAAGGGGUGGCUUAUGAUCGACCAAGAAACACUUCUGCAGACUGUGAAAAAGUGGGUUGAGUUCAUUGAAUGCUUUCCAUACAGUGCCCAAGGAAUUCUGAAGGAAGGCUUGGUAUUACCCUCUCCUGCUUUGAACUCCCAAGAUAGCAACUAUAAAGACUUGACUCCCCAGAAGUCUUCCCCGGAAGUCUGA